AUUCAAUUAUUUUGUCAAUUCUCUUUUCUCCUAUUUAUUAGCUGUGAUCUCAUUGCCAUUUCCCCCCUCUCCUUUCCAUCAUCCCAUUGAACAAAUCAAACUUUUAUUUUCUCAAAAUUAAACUAUCAACUUUUUUUUGAGAAAAAAAGAUCUAUCAAGUUUACAACAAUGUCGUGGCAAACUUACGUCGAUGACCACUUGAUGUGCCCCAUCGAAGAAACCACCAACCACCUUAAAGCCGCCGCUAUUAUCGGCUUUGACGGUAGCGUUUGGGCUCAAAGCACCACCUUCCCCCAGCUGAAGCAAGAAGAGAUGAAAGCAAUCCUGCAUGAAUUCGACGAACCGAAUAGCUUGGCACCCACUGGUCUUUUCCUUGGAGGAGAAAAGUAUAUGGUUAUUCAGGGAGAGCCUGGAGCUGUUAUUCGUGGGAAGAAGGGACCUGGUGGCGCAUGCAUUAAGAAGACAAAUGAAGCUCUGGUGUUCGGAAUCUAUGAUGAGCCAGUGACUCCAGGACAGUGUAACAUAAUCGUCGAGAGGUUGGGCGACUACCUUAUCGAACAGGGCCUCUAGAGGCUCGAUCAAACAUACUAUACAUUUAUACUACAUCAUAAGGAAUUAAGUACUAUGAAGUUAGUAUUUUUCUUCAUUUUGGGAUACAAUUUAUUUUGUUUUAAUUUCUUGUUGUUGGAUCAAAGUGUGCAUACCUUCCUCUUAUGUACUAGGAGUGGAGCUGUGAUGCAGACAAUAACCGUACGUGUGUAUCGAAAACAUAGAGUUUGGAGUACGUUUUAGGGUUUGCUUAUCAUUCCAUCUAUUUAUUGUCCUUUAUUUUAAUUUCUAUACCAUUGUUUAUACCAUUGCCUAUGUGCAUGGUUUUCAUAUUUAUAUACUCCUAUGUUUGUGACA